UGCUUUCCCUUCCACCCAUUAAAACAAUGUCAUCCAGAGAAAGAGUCUCAAAGGACAUUUGAUCUCACAAGCAUUGGAAUUUUUUCAGGGGACCUAACCCGGAAACCCAUUGGCCGCAUUCUGAUUCUGAGCCUAUGUUCCUCAGACUCUCUAGGAGAUGAGCACCUCUCUUAAUUACAAGUCUUUCUCCAAAGAGCAAGAAACUAUGGAUAACUUAGAGAAACAGCUUAUUUGUCCCAUAUGUUUAGAGAUGUUUUCUAAGCCAGUGGUGAUCCUCCCCUGUCAGCACAACCUAUGUCGAAAAUGUGCCAGCGAUAUCUUCCAGGCCUCAAACCCGUAUCUGCCAAUGAGAGGAGGCACCACUGUGGCUUCAGGAGGUCGAUUCCGCUGUCCAUCAUGCAGGCACGAAGUCGUUCUGGACAGACAUGGCGUCUAUGGCCUUCAGAGGAAUCUGCUGGUGGAAAACAUAAUUGAUAUAUACAAGCAGGAAUCUGCCAGUUGCAGGCCGGAAAGAAAACCUGAGCAGCCAAUGUGUGAAGAGCAUGAAGAUGAGAAAAUCAAUAUUUACUGCCUGAAUUGUGAAGUGCCCACAUGCUCAAUGUGCAAAGUUUUUGGUGCUCAUAAAGAUUGCCAAGUUGCUCCCAUCACAAAUGUUUACCAAAGACAGAAGUCUGAACUCAGUGAUGGCAUUGCAGUAUUGGUGGGAAGUAAUGACAGAGUACAAGGAAUAGUAUCUCAGCUGGAAGAAACUUGUAGAACAAUUGAGGAAUGCUGCAAAAGACAAAAGGAGCAACUAUGUGAAAAAUUUGAUUCUCUGUACUCAAUUUUGGAAGAAAGAAAAGGUGAAAUGGCACAAGUCAUCACUAGGACCCAAGAGGAAAAACUGGAACAUGUCCGGUCUCUGAUGAAAAAGUAUGCAGAUCAUUUGGAGACUGUGUCAAAACUGGUGGAAUCUGGCAUUCAGUUUGUGGAAGAGCCAGAAAUGGCUGUGUUUUUGCAGAAUGCAAAAGCGUUGCUUCAAAAAAUUACUGAAGCCUCUAAAGCAUUUCAGAUGGAAAAAAUAGAGAACGGCUAUGAAAAUAUGAGCCAUUUCACAGUCAAUCUCCACAGAGAAGAAAAGAUAAUAAGGGAAAUUGACUUUUUCAGAGAGGAGGAGGGUGACAACGAGGAGGAAGAUGUGCUUGAAGGAGAAGAAUUGGAUGAAGUCCACACGGAAUCAUCUGGCGAGGAAGAGGAAGUAUCUGAGCGAGCAUCUCAACAACCACAACAGAAUGCUGUGCCAGAAGAAAUGCCAGCUGUCACUCAGAUUAACGUACCAUCAACAUUACCACCUCCGCUACCCAUGAGUGCUGCCACUUCAGAUAAUCAGGGUGAAAUUGUGCUGACUAGAAACGAACAAUCUGCAGGAGCAGUGGACACUGAACUAACAAGAGGAGAGCUGAUUGAUCCCUUGUUUUAUCCAAGCUGGUAUAAAUCUCAGCCACAACAAACAAGCAGUUCAAACGUAUCAUCAGUGACCGAAAAUAGGCAGGUAGGGCCUUGCAUUCCUGUAGAGGUGAAUGGAAAGAAGGUAGAAUCUCCAGGAACAGUUGCUGCUACAAAUGUGAGUUCUGCUGUGAGUGGUAAAGAAGCUAACAUACCCACAGAUACUUCACAGGGGCUAGCAUUCUGCCUCUCAGUUUUGGCUUUUCUUAUCUUACUGCACCAUCUCUGGAGUCAGAUUCAAUUCAUGAUUUGUACUUUAAGGGGUAGGAACUGUUUUGUUUUAUCCUUAACUAACAGCACAAGUCAUUUCUCUGGUAAUGCCUGCAGAUGGUAUAGAAAUAAGUAUCCCAUUCCCAUCUCAUCUAAACAGACCAUGCUGCCAUGUAAUAAUACAUGCUGCCUAGUACCUAAACCUUCCCUCCUUAUCUCCCCUCCCUCUGAAAUGUUAUCCUAGAGUGAAAUCCUGCAUGGUUGUUUUAGAGAGGAUGGUGGGAAAACUCAGAUCAAUCCCAUAAACUGUAUUUGAUAUAUUUGGCAUUUCUGGAGUUAUUUAAAACUAUGCACUGUAGGUGUAAUAAGGAGUAAUUAUUUUAGUUGUCCAGACAGCUAGCUUUGGGAAUGGGGAACCUGAUUGCUCAUACCUGAAAUGUGGGUGUCAAUUUCACUGGGGAAUCCUGGGGGAGAGAAGUCCUGUUUGUGCAUCUGAAAAAAGCAUGUGAUCCAACUUCCCAUGGACAAGUGUCACUUCAGAAUGCAAGUGGUAGAUGAUGGCAUGAUGAAAUCUUCAUAUAUUAGAAAAAUGUGCCCAUUGAUCCUAGUCUAAUUUUCUAUUUGACAUGUGGAGAUACUGUGUAGGAGUUUUAUAUUCACACAUGCAGUCUCUUGCUUGCAUUGUGCGGUCAUGGGUAUAUCUGCUUUUUCCAAAUUUUGAGAUUAGAUUUUAUUGUUUCACAGAAGUUUCACAAUGUAUUUACACCUGUUUUUCCACUGAAAGAGCAAUUUGCAUGGACUUUCAAGAGUUUCCUAGUCAAAUAUCCACCAAUCUGUAUCUUGCUUACAGCAAAACAAAACAAAAAUCCAGUAUCAUGUGCCCUCUGAUCAAAAUGUGUUAGGUGUUUUUUUACUGUUUACAAGAACUAUAAUUGUUUUCCAUGAGAAAGAGGUUGGGAUAAACUAUCAGGUCAAAGUUUUUUGCCAUUUUAUUCAUCCUUUUAAAAUGCCAGAGUUUAUAAAAAUUAAUAGUCCUGUAGCACAUAACGGAUGUUUAUUACCAGCAAUAGGGUCUCUGGGAGAGAGAAGAAGACUUCUAUGACACAUUUAGUACAUUGCCUGGAACUUAGAAUCAAAGAAAAUAUUGUAUGCGUAUUUUAAACGGGGGCACAGAUAUAAAAACACUACUCUUACAGAAGAAAAAGGUGUUUAUCCUGUUCUAUACUUAUGA